GCGCAGGCCAGAGCGCAGGCGCCGACCUCCGCCUCCGGUUGCACAAGUGCCCCUGGGACCUGCUGCGCUUUUACAGAUGCCUGGCUCACUUCCAAGGGCAGCACCUUUCCUUCUCAAGAUGGAGUUCCCGUUAAAAUCCGGUUUCUGGGAGCCUUGCGGCAAAGCCUGAGAGCCCGGCUGUCCCUCCGGGCGCCCGGCCCCGGCAUGGAGACGCCGCCGGGCGCCUGCAACGGCUGCUCCACCGGCCUCGAGCUGCCCCGCACGCUGGCCAACAGCUCGGCCGCGCUCUCGGAGCAGCAGCAGCACGCCAUCGGGCUCGUCCUCUCCUGCCUCUACACCAUCUUCCUCUUCCCCAUCGGCUUCGUGGGCAACCUCCUGAUCCUGGUGGUGAACAUCCGCUUCCGGGAAAAGAUGACCAUCCCCGACCUGUACUUCAUCAACCUGGCGGCCGCGGACCUCAUCCUGGUGGCGGACUCGCUGAUCGAGGUGUUCAACCUGGACGAGCAGUACUACGACAUCACCGCGCUCUGCACCUUCAUGUCGCUCUUCCUGCAGGUCAACAUGUACAGCAGCGUCUUCUUCCUCACCUGGAUGAGCUUCGACCGCUACCUGGCCCUGGCCAAGGCCGUGCGCUGCGGCCCGUUCCGCACCAAGCCCCGCGCGCGGCUGAGCUGCGGCCUCAUCUGGAUGGCCUCCGUGUCCGCCACCCUGGUGCCCUUCACCGCCGUGCACCUGCGGCACAGCGAGGACGUCUGCUUCUGCUUCGCCGACGUCAGGGAGGUGCAGUGGCUGGAGGUCACGCUGGGCUUCGUGGUCCCCUUCGCCAUCAUCGGCCUCUGCUACUCACUCAUCGUCAGGGUCCUGGUGACGGCGCACCGGCACCGUGGCCUUCGCCCGCGGCGGCAGAAGGCGCUGCGCAUGAUCCUGGCCGUGGUCCUGGUCUUCUUCGUGUGCUGGCUGCCCGAGAACGUCUUCAUCAGCGUGCACCUGCUGCAGCGUGCACCGCCCGGGGCCGGACCCUGCCAGCGCUCCCCCCGCCACGCGCACCCGCUGGCCGGCCACGUGGUCAACCUGGCCGCCUUCUCCAACAGCUGCCUCAACCCCCUGGUCUACAGCUUCCUCGGGGAGACCUUCCGAGACAAGCUGCGGCUCUACCUGGAGCAGAAGACCGGCCUGUCUGCCCUGAACCGCUUCUGCCACACGGCCCUGAAGGCGGUGGUCCCGGACAGCACCGAGCAGGCCGAGGUGAAGUUCAGCAGUGCCGUGUAGGGGGCGGGGCGGGGCGGGGCGGGAAGGGCCAGACACCGUGCCCCGCGCCGCCCUAGGGCGCCCUCCCGCUGGCCACUCACACACAGAGCUGUCCAUCCGUCUGGGUCGUGAGCACGGGGCACGGACCCCCGCACACGCUGGAUCAGCGGCAGACGUUUCUGACACCCGCCAACGAGAGCGAAAAGCAGGGGGACACUGGGAUGAAGUACCCUCGUUUCAAAGCAGACGUGCCAGAAAUUUGCCAUUUUAGAGGAACAGAACUCACGCAGCUGACGUGAACUGAAGGGGGCGGAACGCUUUCCGCGCCUGCGUGUGUGUGCGUGCGUGUGUGCGUGCAUGUGUGUGCGUGUGCGUGUGUGUGUACCGGGCACCACGGCUAAGCAGCAGGAUGCCGGGCGCCCUGCACCUCCCGCCAGCCUGGGGAGGGACGCCUCUGUGCACCUCCUGAAGGGUGGGGUGAAGGCAGCGGUAACAACGAUGACAACGCAGACCCCUCUCGU